AUGAAUCAGUUGAUAGUCAAACAAUUAACAGUUCUCCUCUGGAAAAAUUUUACAUUAAAGAAGAGGCAGAUGAUUAGUUCAGUAACAGAAAUUAUGGCAGCUUUGUUGUUUGUAAUGAUGCUGUUGAUAUUCCGUGCAUUUACGAAUAUAACCAUUGCUGGACCGUAUCAUUUCAAACCUCAACCCAUUGUUACCAUGCCUGCUUUCAUCAAAGAUGCCAAGGAAUGGGAAUUGGUUUACAUACCUUCUGACAUUGAUGUGGUAACAGAAAUCAUUGAGAAUAUAAAGAAGAAUCUCAACACCACUAUAAAAGUUCGAGGCUUUCCUUCAGAAGCUGAGUUUGAGGAGUAUAUUCUGUUUGAUUAUACAUCUGAGAAAGUGCUGGCUGCUAUUGUUUUUGACUGUGGCUUCAAAAACAAAAAUGAUCCUCUGCCACUUCAGGUAAAAUAUCAUUUGCGUUUUAUUGGUACGCAGAGGACCAUCUGGUGGCCAGAAAAGCUAGGCUGGAAGAUAUCAUUUCUUUUUCCUAAUCAUCCUCCUAUACAACCCAGGAAUCCAAAUUUUAUUGAUGGAGGAAGUCCUGGGUAUAUCACGGAAGGAUUCUUGGCAGUACAGUAUGCCUUGGAUGCGAGCAUUAUGUUGUAUCAUGAAAACAGUGCUGGGAAAAAGCUAUUUGAUGAAAUUAAUGUUCUCAUACAGAGAUUUCCAUACCCAGCUCAUCCUUAUGAUAAAUUACUUUGGAUCUCCAGUCCUUUCUUUCCCUUGAUGUUCAUACUUACGUUCUCUUCCAUCGUACUUUCCAUCAUACGAUCCAUUGUGUUUGAAAAGGAAAAAAGAUUGAAGGAAUACCAGCUCAUAAUUGGGCUUAAAAAUUGGAUCAUCUGGGCUGGCUAUUUCUUCACGUUCUUCCCUUUAUAUGUCAUCAUCAUACUUUUGAUAUGUGCAUUACUCUUUAUUGCAAAGGAGCCAGUCUUGCGAUACAGUGACUCUAGUUUCAUCUUUGUCUUUCUUACAUGUUAUGCCAUCGCGUCUAUAUGCUUUGCCUUUAUGGUUAGCACUCUCUUCGAUAAAACUCAUGUAGCUGCUUCUGCUGGAAACCUCCUGUUUUUUGCCAGUUUCUUUCCCUAUAACUUCAUCUCUGAAAACUAUGGAAUGUUGGACCUUAGUACCAAGGUGACUGCCUGUCUGAGCGCAAAUGUUGCAUUGGCACUGGGGAUUAAUCUUUUAAUCAAAUUGGAAAUAAAAGAGAUUGGUGUUAAAUGGCGUAACCUUUGGACACCAGCCAGUCUUGAGGAUAACCUCCUCUUUAGCUAUAUGUUUGGAAUGCUUUUGCUUGAUGCUUUGUUAUACAGCCUUGUUACCUGGUAUGUAGAAACUGUGUUUCCUGGGCAGUAUGGUGUGCCUCAACCAUGGUACUUUUUCCUUAUGCGCUCAUACUGGUUUGGCAAACCAAAAAUUAGAAAGACUGCAGAAGAGACGAAGUGCUUACCCACAAAACAUAACUGCUUUGAGGCUGAACCUACCAACCUGGUGGCAGGUAUACAGAUCAAAUGUUUGCACAAGGAAUUUAAAAACAAACCUGCAGUAAACAACCUGUCACUGAAUGUGUAUGAGGGGCAGGUCACUGUUCUUCUGGGACACAAUGGGGCAGGAAAGUCCACAACCUUGUCUGUUCUCACAGGUUUGUAUUGGUCUCCAUUCCGGGCAAAAGGAGAGGCCUAUAUUAAUGGAUAUAAUAUUUCGGAUAACAUGAUUGAAAUUCGAAAAGACUUGAGCUUCUGCCCUCAACAUGACCUGUUGUUUGAUGACUUGACACUAUCAGAACACCUUUUUUUCUAUUGGACGGUCAGAGGAAAAGCUAAGGACGUAUACUGUAGGGAUAUUGAGCAUAUGCUGUCUGUGUUUAACCUGAAAGAUAAUUAUCACUCAUUAUCUGGCUCAGUGAGUGAAGGAGUGAGACGCAAGCUCUCCAUCAUUAUAGCGCUUUUAGGGAGCUCCAAGGUAGUGAUACUUGAUGAACCAUCAUCUGGCAUGGACCCAAUGUCAAGAAGGGCCACCUGGGAUUUCCUUCAGCAUCAUAAACGCCAUCGGACCAUUUUAUUAACCACCCACUACAUGGAUGAAGCUGACAUCCUGGGUGACCGCAUUGCUAUCAUGGUCAGGGGGACCUUGCACUGCUGUGGUUCUUCAGUCUUCCUGAAACAAAUAUAUGGCGCUGGAUAUCGCAUAGUCAUGGAGAAGGAACCAUAUUGUGAUGUUUACAAUGUCUUUGCAAUGAUUCAGCAUUAUGUUCCAGACGCUGUGUUGGAUAAUGAUUUAGGAAGUGAGUUAUCAUUUAUCCUACCCAAAAAGUAUGUAUCAAGAUUUGAAGCUUUGUUUACUGAGUUGGAAAAGAAACAGGAAGCACUGGGAAUUGCCGACUUUGGAGCUUCAAUCACUACAAUGGAAGAGGUUUUCCUUAAGGUCAAUAAGAUGGCAGCUCCCCAAAGGAAUAUUCAGGAUAUCAAACCCUAUUACUUGACUUAUGAAAAGAUGAGACAAGAUAAGCAGCAGAAUGUGAAUAUACCCAGAAAUUAUAACAGUCAAAGUUUUCCCUAUUUGAGAGAAAUUAAUACAAUUAAAUUUAACACUGGGUUUCUGCUUUACCGCCAGCAGUUUUGUUCCAUGUUUAUAAAAAGAGCACUCUUCAUGUGGCGCAACUGGAAGCUGAUGUUACUACAGAUCAUAGUAAUUAUGGUUGUCACUACAUAUCUCUUAUUAUCUCUGCACUUAGAUGAUAAUGAUUUACCUGAAAGGGAAUUGGAUUUGAGUCACUAUGGUAGAACCAUUGUUCCUUACUCAAUUUCAGGGGAUUCUGAUUUGGCUCUGAAUCUCAAAAAGAACCUUAAGAUUUUUCUACAGUCAAAGAAUCAAAACUUAAGAAAAAUAAGAGGUGAUAUAAAUGAUUACAUAUUGGGAAGUAAAGAGUGUCGUAACUUCUGCAUUAUUGCACUUUCUAUUAAAGUUGAGAAAAACAAAACAGUGCUCACUGUUUUUUUUAAUAAUGAGGCAUACCAUUCAUCUGCAAUAUCCCUGGCAGCAUUAGACAACAUUCUUUUUAUGACCCUUUCUGGACCUAAUGCUUCCAUCACUGUCUUCAAUAAGCCUCAGCCUCACCCUUAUAAUGGUCCUAACAGAGUGCCUGUAAGUGGAUUACAAAUAGUACAGUGUUUGGCUUUUGGCAUUUCUGUGGUGGUGGGGACCUUUAGUCUCCAGACAGUGACUGAAAGGAUCAGUCAAGCCAAGGACAUCCAGUUCCUGAGUGGUGUGUGUGUGCUCACGUACUGGCUCUCUGCCUUGUUGUGUGACCUCAUCUUCUUCUCCAUCCCCUCCUGUUUACUACUGGGUGUAUUCAGAGUCUGCCAAGUGGAUGCAUUUGUUGUGAGUUACAACUUUGUGGACAUAAUGCUGAUUUUUAUGCUGUAUGGCUGGUGUGUGGUUCCUCUCACGUAUCUUGGAAGCUUCCUGUUCCAGAGCAGCACCACUUCCUACAUCAAGCUCACACUGUUUAACUACUUCUCAACUAUUUUCAGUAUCGUCAUUUCUACUCUACUGAAAUUUUAUGAUACUCAGAAUAAUGUGUAUGGCUUUGGAGAGCACGGCAUUGGGAAGUUUCUGGUCAUGCUGGCUGCCAUGGGUUUAGUUUUUCUCCUCUUGCUUUUGUGCCUGGAGGCUGUUUCCUGGAACCUGAAGAACUUGGUCUUUCGUAACAUUCUUUUUUAUUUCUACAACAAAUUCAGAAACAGCAGGCAAGCUGUAGAGUCUGACCUAGGAAGCAAAGAAGAGGAGGACGAAGGCAUACAGGAAGAAAGAAGGAAAGCUCACACACUGCUACUCACGUCCCAGCACACCCCUCUGGUCCUCAGUGAAGUUACAAAGAUUUAUUUUAAGUGCCCUGUUGUUGAGGCUGUGAGAAAUAUCUCCCUUGUAGUCAGGAAGUCGGAGUGCUUUGGAUUGCUUGGAUUAAAUGGAGCUGGAAAAACUACUACCUUUAAAAUGCUGACCGGAAUCGAGACUAUCACCUCUGGAGUCGCGUUGAUCGAUGGCCAGAGUGUCACCAAAAAUCCAAGAAAGAUUAGGUCAAGAAUUGGUUACUGUCCUCAAUCCGAAUCUGUGCUGAACCACAUGACAGGCCGGGAACUGCUGAUCAUGUACUCUAGGCUGUGGGGGGUUCCAGAGCAAGACAUUAAAGAGUAUGUGGAAACCUUUCUUCAUUCAGUACACCUGGAACCCAUUGCUGACCAGCUUAUCUGCACAUACAGUGGUGGAAGCAAACGUAGGCUGAGCACUGCUAUCGCCCUAAUGGGAAAGUCUUCAGUUGCCUUCCUGGAUGAGCCAUCUACUGGCAUGGACCCAGUAGCUCAGCAUCUGCUGUGGGACACAGUUACAUGGAUCUGUAAGACUGGUAAAGCUGUCAUCAUAACUUCUCACAGAAUGGAAGAAUGUGAGGCACUCUGUACGAGGCUGGCCAUCAUGGUAAAUGGGAGGUUUACAUGCCUAGGCAGCCCCCAGCACGUCAGAAAGCGGUUUGGUCAUGUGUACACUCUAACAGUAAAGAUCAAUAUUGCUAAGAAUGAAGAUAAAGUAGAAGAAUUCAAAAAAUUUAUUGAAGCAACUUUCCCAGGUAACAUCAAAAACCAGGAGUUUCAAGGGAUUAUUGGCUACUAUAUUCCAAGCAAGGAAAUCUGCUGGGGAAGGGUAUUUGGAAUUAUGGAGGAAGCUAAAGAGCUAUUCAAUCUAGAAGACUAUUCUUUCAAACAAGUGACGCUGGAGCAAAUCUUUCUGACCUUUGCUAAUGCCGACAGGAGGAGAGCUUCUGAGGAAAUAAACAUGCUAUAAGAUUGCAGUCCACCCAGUGCCCCUCUGUUCUCAGACUGCUGUCCCCAACUGAAUACACAGGAGUCUUUCACAAGACUUUACACACAUACAGAUGAGCACCCAGGGGAAGGUAGUCUGCAGGCUUU